AUGUCUAGCCACGAUCAAGAGCAGAUAAUCCCCGGUGAUUACGAAUAUGUUAUUGUUGGCUCAGGUGCAGGAGGCGGGCCACUUGCCGCAAAUCUUGCCCGGCACGGUCAUCAAGUGCUUCUUCUUGAAGCUGGCGACGACCAAGGGCAUAGCCUUACGCAGAAGGUUCCCGCCUUUCAUAUUGUAUCCACUGAGGAUCCAGCUAUCAGAUGGGAUUUCUUUGUCAAGCACUACGACGACGAGGCGCAGGCAGCGAGAGACCCCAAGAUGACCUGGGAGACACCGGACGGGAAGGCGUUUAUCGGGGUCAAUCCUCCGUCUGGUUCAAAGCAAAAGGGCAUAUAUUAUCCGCGAGCAGGGACAUUAGGGGGAUGCACGGUACACAACGCUCUGCUAACUGUACUACCACCGGAUGAGGACUGGGAGCGUAUUGUUAAGAUCACAAACGAUUCAUCCUGGAAUCCGCAACAAAUGAGACAUUACUUCGAACGACUGGAGAGAUGUGGCUACCUUCCAGAGGGAACCGAAGGCCACGGGUUUGGCGGCUGGUUGGAGACAAACCAUGCCGAGCAAAUUGUGUUAACUUCAAAGAAGCCAUUCAUUGAGGCUGCUCUUAAUGAUGUACCUUCGCCAGGCAAUCAGGUCGUCCACGAUAUAAACAUUCAAGAGCCUCACCAAGUCGAAGGAGUGUAUCAGUUGACGCUGUCUAUGAAUGACAGGGGUAGACGGAGCAGUGCUCGGAACUACUUGGUCGCUACUGCUAAUGCAAGAAAUGCAGACGGAACCAAGAAGUAUCCGCUCUAUAUCCGCACAAGGUCCUUUGUAACCAGAAUCAUGUUUAGCGAUAGCGAUGGAAAACUCAAGGCAAUCGGAAUCGAGUUCCUGGAGGGAAAGAGUAUGUACAAGGCAGACCCGACAUACAAUCCCAAGCAUUCUGGGGCCAAGAAACGCGUUUUCGCCUCACGUGAGGUUAUUGUGGCCGGAGGUUCAUUCAAUACGCCACAGCUUCUGAAGUUAAGUGGCAUUGGUCCGAAAGAGGAGCUCCACAAGUUCGGGAUUCCAGCCCGGGUUGACCUUGCUGGUGUGGGUUAUAACCUCCAAGAUAACUACGAGUACCCAGUCAUCUACCAAUGUGAUCAGAGUAUCUCUGUGUUCAAAGACUCGCUCUUUGGCUCCGCCGGGGAUCCGUCUCUCGCCCAAUGGAUCCAGGAGGGCAAGGGGCCGUAUAGGUCAAUCGUGGAGACGAUGGGAGUGAAGAAGAAGUCCAAAGUCAGCGAAAACGACGAAUUAGACCUGUUCCUUUUUGGAGGAGCAAAAAAGUUCCCUGGGUACUUCCCCGGUUACUCCAAGGUGCUGGGAGGCGCCUUGAACCGAUUUUGCUGGAACCUCAUCAAGGUACACCCGCGCCGAUCCCAAGCAGGGUCCGUCACUUUACGCUCGGCAGAUCCCCGCGAUUUGCCAGAGGUUAAUCUUCGGCUCUUCAAUGAGCAUGGCAACAAAGACAGACCCGACCACGACCUCACUGCAAUCGCAGACGGCGUUGAACUUGCCCGUUCAAUGUUCAGGAGUAUCCCCGAGCCUAUUGGUCCCAUGGUAGAGGAGUUUCCUGGCACCUUUAUCGAGAGUCUCGACGCACUCAAGCAGGAUAUCAAGGACAAAGCAUACUCACACCAUGCAACCAGCACCUGUCCGAUUGGCGCAGAUGGAGAUCCAAUGGCAUGCCUUGAUUCGCGAUUCCGCGUGCGGGGUGUCGAGGGUUUGAGAGUCGUUGACGCUUCUGUUUUCCCCCAUAUACCAGGACCCUUUCCUGUUCUUCCUGUUUACAUGAUUAGCGAGAAGGCAACGGACGUGAUAUUGGAAGACAUACAACUGGACCUGAACGAUGCGUGCCGCUGCGUCGUUUGA